CUCCGGGGGCCUCGGGGCUGCUUCCGAGCUCUCGUACCCUCCGCGUACGUUUCUUACUGCUCCUUGAGGCAUCGCGCUGCUGUACUAACCCUAAUCGUGGUUACGGCGACAACAUUCAGGAUUUCAGUGCUACCUCUCAGCUCUUUUGACCUCUCUUCUGAAUCUUUUACAGAUGUUUCUCUUUCUCUCUCUUUUUCUUUUUUAAUACACAAAAUCCUUCUAGCAACCCCUCCCCGUUUCCCACAGCGACAGACUUGUUUGCCGUCGCUUUCCCCAGGCGGUGACAGGGGGGCUUUUGGCUUCUGAGGAGUUCGUUUUCCUCCUCCAGAGCUCCGGAGCGGCGACGCAGGCCAGCGCACGGCCCUCACAGCAAUGGAGAACCUGAAUGUCUCGCUCCCAGAUCUUACCGAAGACCUGCAAGACAUUUUUCAGGGGGCUUUUGCUGCUGAUGCCAGUUACUUGGAGAACCAUGAGAAAAUGGACCAGUCCUUCUGGGAAGCUCUCGUAAAAUGUUUAGCCACCGCUGACCCAGCUAUCCUGAAUACCGAAGAAGAAAACAAUUUGCUCAACAGAUGCACUGUCCUGCCUGGAGGCUGUGCAGCCUGCCUGAAAGUCAUAGGGAAGAAAGGAGCCAGGGCAAUGGCUCUUCUUUACCUGUUGCUGAAGACAACCGACCCGUCUGAAUACAGGCAGCUGCCCAGCUCCAAGGGAAAGGAUGAAAAAUUGAAAUUCCUGAAGAGAUUGGAGAGGAAUUUCAUGCUUUCGCAAGGAGAAAAAAAGGCUGAAAGUUCAUCCCAAGAGUCAAUGGAUGAAGAUCCACAAGGUACACCAGGGGAGGUUGUGCCCUAUGGAGAUUCAGAGAUUGCCAGAAGAGAAGAUGCAGUUGCAGACGCGUAUGAGAGCGACAGCACUCACCUCCCUCGGCGGAUGGCACAGUGGAUGGGCAUACGGAAGGAUGAUGAAUUCUUUCAUUUUGUCAUUCUUUGCUUUGCCAUUGGAGCUUUACUAGUUUGUUAUUACUACUACAAAGAUUGGACUAUUUCUCUUGGAAUUGGUUUAAUCACCUUUGCUUCCCUGGAAACCACUGGGAUAUACUUUGGUCUAGUGUAUCGAAUUCGGAGCGUACUUGACAGCUUUGUUCCCCUGAUUGCGAAAUUCAGGCCAACAGGUAACAGUGCUUUUCUUACUGACUGCAGGUAUAUUCCUUAGACCUCACUGGGUAUUUCAUUUUGGUUGACUCUUAAGACCAAUUUCUCUAAAUUAGAAAUUCUGAUUUUAAUUUAAAAAGACAUUUUACUACAGUCCAUUACAGCUGCUUGGAUUUAGAAAUGAAUUAUUCUUAACUCUUUCCAAGUGGCAGAACAUUUUCACAUUUUUAAUAUAUCUGCCCGGUAUGGGACAUUCAUUAUUUGCUGGCAAUAUCUGAGUGAGAAUUAUAUAGCUCGAUUAAAAAUUGAGUGUGUGGGGACAGUUUCCUGUGUCUGGUCUUCAGACAGCCUCCAGGCUCACGUCUAUUUGUGUUUAUGGAAUAAAAGAUACAAAGAAUGCAGAAAAAUUGCAUCGGGGCUAACAGUAGACACAUGACAUUUAUUUGAACACACUGGUCCUGACAGCCUUCUCUUUUCUUUAUCACGUAGGUAUGAGGAAAGCUGCCUAGGAGGAGUAUUUCAGAGGAGUUCCACAAAUCCCUGCUGUCUGGAUUUCUGGUAUUAAAAGAACUGUUUUAUGAGAGGCAGACAUGAAAACAUAAUGGCUAAUAUAAAAUAUUGAAAUAUUAAACCAUAGAAACGUGUCAUUCUCUCUACUCAGAAAGAAAGCUAAAACUGUAGUACUGAGUCCCUUCCUUUCUUCUGAAGUUGUCCAUGGCUCAGCAGAGCUCAAUAGACAAUCUAGGUCUAGGUUUAAAGAUCAAUCCUGUGUGUUUUAAUAUAUCACAUUUUUCUUCCUUCCCUCGUGCACUCAUGUUUGUCUGGUCAUAGCUAUCAAAAUCAACAAAAAGGUCAAAAUUAUCCUCAGCUGGUUCUGGAUUAGGCCCUGGAUGUUUCAAUAGGAAUCUUGGCACCCACAAAGCCACCUCCUCUUCACCCCCUUGUGAUGCUGCAGACCAGGCAAACACCAGCUGCUUGCUUACACAGCUGAGCCCCAACAGUGUAAUAGCACUGAAGCAGAUUAAUUUAUUGUGGCAGAACUCAAUAUAGUGGGUGUAUAAUGAUUUCACCCAGUGAAAGCUGAGUGAGAUUUUACAUGUAGUGACAUAAUGGUGCAGUAAUGAAAUUAUUAUUAGCAGCAAAUUUCAUCUCUUCUGAGGGGAAAAAGAAAAUGCCCCCCCCCCCCCCUUUCUUUUCUUCUGGUAAAAUAAAGUGCAACAUUGCCAUUCCUGUCAUUUUAUAGGGACCUCUUACAUGUAUUUAUGUAGGAUUAAGUGUAAUCAUAGACAGACUGAAAAAAAAGAAGAUACCUUUAAAUUUUCAGUAGAAAUAAGGUCAUCAUAACCAAAGAAGGAUGAAGGCAUAAAGUCAGACAGAAAGAACCGUAAAACAUGAGGGAAACUGGAAGGAAAUGCAGAUAUAAAAAUAUUAGCCCAAGCAGCUCCGUUUUAGUUCACUGAAACAAUUUCAAGUCUUGCUCAGAAAAUUAAAAAGCUAUUUUCUAGGAGUUAAACUUAUUCUGAGCAUCAGCGUUUAUCAUUCUGGUGUGAUGCAGUUCCAUUUGCACAUCCAGAAAUACCACAUUCUGUGCAGAUCUGUACCAAUCCAACAAAGCAGUUACCUAAACAUGUCAGGGGACAUGUUAUUAAAUUAAGCAAUAAGGAUGAAUACAAGUUACUUUGUAAUAUUCAUGUUCUCAUUCACAUGUACCAUGUACGUUUUUGUAGAAAACUUCUGUCAUACCAAAAUACUGCAUAUUUUGUGUUUUUACUCUGAAAAUAAAGUCUUGCUCAGACCAGUGUA